CAGAGUUUCAAGUUCUGCAAUCAAUUCUUCUAAACAUGCAUUUUGACCAUUGAGCAUACAAACACAUUUCACAACCUGUUUUAAGUGGCAUAUUUUGGUUCUUUAGCAGUUGGUUUAUAUGUUUAUACUUAAUGUUUUAUACUUAUUUUUGCUUCUAUUUUUAUGGGUAUGUUUUAUUUAGGGUUUAAGCUCACAUUUCUCGAGGAAAAAAAGGGAUAAUAGUUUAGUGUUGGUUUGGGUCUUGAUUCUUAUUUUCUUCUCUGAGAUGAUGGAUAUGAUGUUUACAAGUCAACAAAAGGAGAAAGGGGAGGUUUGGCAGGAUUGCAGAAUCUGGGAAAUACUUGCUUUAUGAACAGUGCCCUGCAAUGUUUAGUUCACAUGCCUCCUCUUGUUGAGUAUUUCUUGCAAGAUUACAAAGAUGAGAUCAAUACUGAAAAUCCUUUGGGAAUGCAUGGUGAGCUUGCAAUCGCUUUUGGUGAGCUGUUGAGGAAAUUAUGGUCCUCAGGGCGAACUACAAUUGCACCACGUCUUUUCAAGGGAAAAUUAGCUCAAUUUGCUCCCCAGUUCAGUUGCUAUAACCAGCAUGAUUCUCAAGAACUUCUUGCAUUCUUGUUGGAUGGACUGCAUGAGGAUUUAAAUCGUGUUAAACGAAAACCUUACAUAGAAGCAAAGGAUUCAGAUGGUCGCCCAAAUGAGGAAGUUGUCGUUGAGUGUUGGAAAAAUCACAGGGCCCGGAAUGACUCAUUGAUAGUGGAUGUUUGCCAGGUGAGUGGGAAUUAAAGUCUUCUUUCUUGAAAGCUAUAUUUCUUCUUUCCUUGAACCAUAAGCAUUUAUUUUUUCCUGUACUGGUACAAAAGUAUUUUCUUCUCUUACAAUGUUUAUAUGUUAAUGGUCAGAGUCAA